ACUUUGCAGACGCCGUUAGCGAAACCGAACAUUUUGACUUUUCUCUUCUCGGAAAAUCUUCAAAAUGGCCGCAAUGAAAAGAGGUUUACCUUCUCUGGAAAGGUAUUUUUCGACGGAUAUGGAAACUUUACAUGCAAACGAUCCAAGCCAUGGCUGUAAUCUUCUGAAGGGGCUUUUGACCAUGUACAAAGAUGGCAGAUAUUCUGAUGUCACUUUGAAGAUAAGUGAAGACCGACGGCUUUCAGUUCAUCGUGUUGUUCUGGCCUCUUUUAGUCCUUACUUUGAAGCCUUGUUCGGGAAAAACUGGGCUGAUGGAGAGAAAAAGGAGAUAGAAGUUCUUGGCUUUGACGAGAAUGCUGUCAGCGAUUUGAUCGAAUUCGCAUAUUCGGGCGAAAUUGACAUCAGCAAAGACAAUGUGCAAACUUUGCUCGAGGCAUCCAAUUAUUUGCAGGUGGAGUUUGUCAAGAAAUCGUGCGGAGAUUUUCUGAAAGGUGCAAUCAGUGAUAAAACUUGUUCUAGCAUCUGGCAGCUUGCUGAUUUGUUUGCGCUGGAAGAGCUAAUGAAGGAGGCUAAAAAUCACUUUUCGCGGCACUUUACUGAAGUCACUCAGAUGGAAGAAUUUUUGUCGCUUCCAAUUGGUUUCCUGAAAGAGAUUCUUGCUGAUGAAGGUAUCUGUGUGGUUAUUGAGAGCCUGAUUCCGUCCAAAGAGGAAAGGGAAAAGGUCGUGUUUGAAGCCGUUUUGAAGUAUGUUGAGCAUGAUAUCGACAACCGAAAAAGACAUUUUCCAGAAUUGUUAUCCUUGGUACGACUUCCAACUUUAUCAGAGUCUUAUCUGGAAGAAAUCUCAGAACACAAACUUAUUGCAGACUCCAGCAGAGGAAUCAUUUCAAAGGCUCGUAAGCUGAAAACUGAUUCCCCCGAGAAAGAUUCAGCCGAUGAAAUAUGGGCGAGCACUCGGGCGUUUGCCAAACCUGCUGUCAGUUGGGGGCGUUCCUUUGCUAAUGGUGGCUACGUACAUCCUGAAACAUCUCAUCACAACAACACAGAGGCUGUUGAAGAUCUUGGCAGUGACGUCUUCAUAAAGGGAAUGAAACUUUGGAUUCGACGCUGGGAUGGGAGGCCUGUUCUGGGAGGGCUGAAGGUUUUUUAUAAUCAUAACGGUGACCAAGAGAUGAUGAUGGGAAGUGGCUCUGAUCAGUCCGAACACCAUGAAUUUCACUUGGAAAAAAAUGAAAGGAUCGUCAAAGUUGAUGUUAAUUCUGGAUGGAUGAUUGACCGCCUCUCCUUUUACACUAACAAGAAAGAUGAAAAUGGUGAUCCUAAAUGUUAUGGUCCUUAUGGAGGGGAUGGUGGAGGAUACUACACUGAGACUCAACCAGGGUCGUACGGUUUCCUAGCAGGAAUUGGUGCUGCUGUUGUUGACUCACAGGGUGAAGAAGGUAUCACCAGACUUCAGUUUGCAUGGAGGGUAUAUGUGCUUCCUGGUUACCCAGAGCCAAUAAAAAGCAGAUGCAAAGCUAAUGAUGGCUUCUAUGAUGAUGAGGAGAGUUAUGAUUAUGACGAUUAUGAUGAUGACGAAGAUUUCGAUGGUUAUGAAGAUUAUGAUGGUUAUGAAGAUUUUGAUGACUUUCUCGUUGCCGCAGAACAAUUAAACAACCUAGAUUAUAACUAGUUUAGAAAAAAAGGAUAAUGGUCAACUGAAGACUUUCUCUCAAAGUGAUUCCUCAGAAAAAAAAGUUAUCAAACAAUUUGUUAAACUUUCCUUAAAUAUUUGCUACCAUUGUCUUAAAAAAUUCAAUAGAAAAGAUGGUUCACUGUGCUUGUUUAAUUAAGAGGUGUGAUGGGCACUAAUAUGGAAUAAUAUAGAGAGUUAUGAUUAUAACAAUUAUGAUGACAACAAAGAUUUUGAUGGUUAUGAAGGUUAUGAAGGUUUUGAUGACUUUGAUGAUAUAAUUAAUCAGGAAGGUGGAAUACAAAUUUACAUGUUUGAGCCAUUUGCCUGAGAUUGUGGUAAGAAUGGAUGUAGAAUUUAU